CACAUCCAAGCCCGGUCGUGGUCCAGGAUGGAUCCGGGAUGGGUCUUCUUGGUGCUACUUUUUUUUGUUCCCGCGAGCGUGUCUGCAUCGCAAGUCUACGUGAACGUCGGAGACUCCGCGGAGUUGACGGCGGAUAGAAAGUGCGCAGACGGCGAGGAGUUUAGGGUGACGACCCGGGACAACUCUCUGACCGUGGCGAGACAUGUUGAGGGUGUUUUUACGCCGGGGGGAGUUUAUGCAGACCGGAUUGAACUCGGCCCGGCGUCCUCUGUCAUCAUCCACCGCGUGAACUACAACGACCGCGGCGUGUUUGAUUUCUUCUGCGGCGCGGAACACGUCUCCCUCACCGAUCUGGUGGUGGUCGCACCUGCGCGCGUGUCUGUGCUCGAGGGAGAAGCGGCUGUUCUCCCGUGCUACGCCGUCAUCAAGGACGUUCACGUGAAGGCGAGAUGGGAGAAGGACGGGGAGCUCGUGUCAGAGCUGGACCGGUCCGGUCCGGUCUCACACGGAGCUGGAUUUGAGGGAAGAGCAUCCCCGCCGCUCGACUGGUACUCGACGGGGGACAUGUCGCUGACCCUGGAGAGGGUCGGGCCGGGGGACAUGGGUCAUUUCACCUGCUACAUCUUUGAUAAAAACGGACAGAAAGAUAGGGGGAACCCCGAAGCCGUGACGUUGAGGGUCGACAAGAGAAACCCGAUCACCCGGCCACCGCCGCCUCCGACAGAGGAAGCCCCGGCAGAAAACAUCGGACCCCUCUUCAUCACCAGCAUCACAUUAAAUGUGCUGUUUGUGCCUGCUGCUAUUGUUUUUUUUGUUUUAUGGCUGAAAACCUGCAAAUCGCGUGCUGGUAGACCGCAGCCAUCUGCCACACGUGAGACAGGUGGUACAGAUGGGACAGAUGUGGAGCUUGGACUUGUCACUGGCAGUGUCCGCACUGGUUCUCAAGUUAGUGGGGCUUAACCCGAACUGUUCACUCGAAAUGGGUGCUUUAAAUUAUGACCACUACUGAAACAUGUGAACACCAUCUAUGCAGACCUGGCAACCCUGACUUCUCCCGGGACCCCUCUCUCUCCCAGAUGUCCUGUGUGUCUUCCGCAUUUUUAACCUUUCUAGAAGAAGAACUGGUGCUUUUUAAAAAAUGAACCACCUGAAGGCACAGAGACACGUUCCACUACCAGUUGCUGUAUUUAUACUGAUAUCUUUUAUAUCACCUGUAAAUAAACUCUUUA